AUGUCUGCCCGCCCGGCAACUCCGGCGUCCCCUAGGAACGUCAAGGUCAAGUCGCCGUCUCCGGGGACCCCAAUGUUCGGCUGCGAGCAUGUACAGCUCCUACUUUCACAAGGGCAAGAAGUCAUGAACAGCUCGAUAGCUCACUACAAGAUGAUACUACGAGGCAUCUUUGAUGCGACUCCCAUCGUGCCCCAGACGUCGACGAAUCAGGAGGGGCGGCCCGUCACGUCCUUGACGAGCAACUAUCUUUGCCUUCAAUGUCCGACCACGGUUUCGGAAGAGGAUCGCUUGAGGCACGGGACGAAGAAAUCGCACCGCUUCUACGUGGAUUCUCGAAGCGGCUCCCUCUAUUGUCAAAUCUGUGAUGACUUGGUAUGGGACCCGACUCUCGAGGAGCUUAGAGUGCGCAAGAUAGGGACCGGAUCGUUUUCAGGUCGCAAGAGGAAACACGACGAGCUCUUCACGGACUCGAUCAAAGACGAUCCCCGCUACAUCAGCUCCAACACCACAGCAGCCUCGUGCCGGGCAACAAAUGGCCUGCGGGGCAUCUACAACGCAGGAGCAACUUGCUAUCAGAACGUUGUUCUCCAGAGCUUCCUGCACAACCCUCUACUCCGUAACUUCUACCUCAGCGAUGGGCAUCAAAGUAACGAAUGCAGCGUUCAGCACUGCCUCAGCUGUGCCAUGGAUGACAUGUUCCAAGACUUUUAUGCCUUGGAGAAUACCAACGGUUACACGGCAGCCAACAUUCUCUCUGGCUUUUGGAUAUCGGAGAAGAAGGCCUUUGAGAACCUAGUCACGACAAAGGAACAGGAUGCGCACGAGUUCUUCCAGUUCUUGGCCGAGGAACUCCACGAGCGCAAUGGCGACGGCAAAAGACCCGAGAUUGGCAGCGAGCACAGCUGCAACUGCAUUAUCCACCAAACAUUUUAUGGCAAAAUGCAAACCACGACGACGUGCCAGAACUGCAAGGGCACGACGCAUGCGGUCCAGUCUUUUCUGGACCUUAGCCUUGGCUUGGACAACCUGGCGCAGAAGCGAGCCAAGAAGACAGGCCAGAAGAGGCCGGCCCUGACGCUGACCGACUGUCUGGACGAGGAAUACGUUAGGUUUGACAAGUGCGAGUACCGCUGCCACGCUUGUGCCUCGGCGCAACAAGCGAAGAGGUACACCAGCAUCAAGCGUUUGCCCAACGUCUUGUCCAUACAGCUCAAGCGCUUUGAGUACAAGCAGGGAAGACACGACCGAGCAGCGUCAAAAAUCGACAAUGUGGUCCAAUUUCCUCUCCAGCUCAACAUGCUUCCUUACACAAACCGCGUUCGUAGUCGCGACAGCCGCGAGAACCUGGAGCUGGAAAGGUCCUGCACGUACGAUCUGCUAAGCGUGGUGGUCCACGUUGGAGAGAUUGAAACGGGGCAUUACGUGUCAUACUGUCGCGUUGGCGAUCAGUGGUUCAAGUUCAACGAUCACAAGGUCGAAUUGGCGAGUGUAUCAGAGGUGCUUGGCGCCCAAGCCUAUUUGCUGUUCUACAUCAUCCGGUCCCUGGCUUAG